UCAUUUGCUGCCUAUGUAACAGACGGGUCAGGGUUCGUCCAGUAAUAUUUACAGUCUAUGGUAUCUGCUGAGGAGGACUCUGGACCUGGAGCUGAGACAGCUGUGAGACACGUAGAGGAGCCAGUUGAAACACACACACACACACACACACACACACACACACACACACACUGAAUAAAGUAACCAAUCAGCUCCGCUGCUGUAACGGAGCGGAGACGGACUGAACACGCAUCUGGUGGAAUUGUCUAGUCUUAGGUAACACCAUUUGUGUAUCAUAUUUCAUCACAUUGUGUUUGUGGUUAAAGGAGGGAGGAAGUGAGCCUUUCAGAAAGUAGACCUAUCUCCACAGUGUUUGGAUAAGUACACACCCUAAAGAGGAAGGUCCCUUAUUUGUGAUUGAUCCAAACUCCGCUGACUGUUCUGCAUUGUUAUCUAACCUUUAACUGAGAAACAUCAUGGAAACUGCAGGGAGGGUGAUCCGCUGCAGAGCUGCAGUAGCAUGGAAGGCUGGGGAACCGCUUGUGAUGGAGGAGGUGGAGUUGGCGCCCCCUAAAGGUGGGGAAGUUCGUCUCAAGGUUGUAGCAACAGGAAUCUGUCACACAGACUCUUACACACUAAGUGGAUCGGAUCCUGAGGGAGUGUUCCCGGUUGUGCUGGGCCACGAGGGAGCUGGCAUCGUGGAGAGUGUUGGAGAGGGAGUCACCAAGUUUCAACCAGGAGACAAGGUCAUACCCUUAUAUAUCCCACAGUGUGGAGAGUGCAAGUUCUGUAAGAAUCCCAAAACCAACCUGUGUCAAAAGAUCAGGCUCACUCAGGGCAGAGGUUUGAUGCCGGAUGGGACAACCCGUUUCUCCUGCAAAGGCAAGAGCCUCUUCCAAUUCAUGGGCUGUAGCACUUUCUCCGAGUACACUGUGGUGGCUGAGAUCUCACUGGCCAAAGUGGACCACAGAGCCCCCCUGGACAAGGUGUGUCUGCUGGGCUGUGGCAUCACCACCGGGUAUGGAGCUGCUGUAAACACAGCCAAGGUGGAGGCCGGCUCAACCUGUGCUGUGUUCGGCUUGGGGGCACUGGGUCUCGCUGCAAUCAUGGGCUGUAAAGCAGCCGGGGCAGCUAGGAUUAUUGGAGUGGAUCUCAACCCCGACAAGUUUCAAACUGCUCGAGAGUUUGGUGCCACAGACGUGGUGAACCCGAAGGACCACAGCAAACCCAUCCAAGAGGUCCUGGUGGAGAUGACAGAUGGAGGCGUGGACUACUCCUUUGAAUGUGUUGGCAAUGUAGCAAUCAUGAGGGCAGCACUGGAGGCCUGCCAUAAAGGAUGGGGCACCAGCAUCAUCAUCGGGGUGGCAGCAGCAGGGCAAGAAAUCUCCACCCGUCCGUUUCAGCUGGUGACCGGCCGCACCUGGAAAGGCACGGCUUUUGGAGGCUACAAGAGUGUGGAAAGUGUUCCCAAACUGGUGGAGGAGUACAUGAACAAGAAGCUGAAAGUCGACGAGUUUGUGACUCAUACCCUGCCCUUUGAGAACAUCACUGAUGGUUUUGAUCUAAUGCAUGCUGGGAAAUGAGAGAACAUCAGAGAGAACAUCAGAGAGAACAUCAUGACACAGAGAGAACAUCAUGUGAAGGAAAAACAAAGGAACCAAAACAAGAAUAUUCUGAAACAUCUUUGAUCCAGGCUGCAUGAAUAAUAAGAAGUGCAACUCAUGGCAUCAGUGUAGGCUGGUGAAUCAAUAGAAAGCUUUUGAGUGGUUUUAUUAUUAGCAACAUGGAAGUCAAAGUCUGAUGAAGUUAUGAGAAGUGUUUAGAACUGUUUAAACUGCAGGUAUACUGUAGCUUUCUACCUGACAGGUAUAAGGAGAGGACUCGUUAGUGUUAGUUAGUAGACAGAGAGAGAGAAACAGAGAUUUUUAUUUUUUUUACUUUUACUUUUCAAUUGGCUAUUCUAAAACUCUUUAACGUUGUCCUUAGUUCCGGGAUCUUCCCCAAUAUCUGGAACCAAGGACUAAUAACGCCGCUCCACAAAAGUGGAGACAGGGAUGUAGCUUAAGCCCAACCCUCUUUAACAUCUACAUCAAUGAAUUGGCAAAGGCAUUAGAAGAGUCUGCAGCACCCGGUUUAACCCUGUUAGACUCUAAAGUCAAGUGCCUACUGUACGCACAUGACCUGGUGCUCCGAUCUCCAAUCAAGGAAGGGCUACAACAGCACCUGGAUCUCCUGCACAGUUUCUCCCAGACCUGACAGUCAAUCUAUCCAAGACUAAAAUCAUGAUUUUCCAAAAAAGAAACAGCCUCCAACACCACACAUUGAGAUUCUUUCUAGAUACUGUUGAAAUUGAACACACAAGGAACUACACUUACCUGGGUCAUAACAUCAGCACCACAGGUAAGUGUAAGAGCGCUGUGAACGACCUGAGAGACAAGGCCAGAAGGGCUUUCUACGCCAUCAGAAGGAACAUCAAAUUACACAUCCCUAUUCAAAUCUGGCUUCAAAUUCUGGACUCCGUUGUAGAACCCAUUUCUCUGUAUGGUUGUGAGAUCUGGGGUCCUCUCGCACACCAAGAUUUUUCUAAAUGGGACAAAUACCAAAUUGAGACUCUGCAUGCAGAAUUCUGUAAAUCCAUCCUCUGUGUCCAACGAAAAUCCCCAAAUAAUGUACCCUCUAAUCAUCAAAAUUCAAAAGAGAGCUUUUAAAUUGUAUAACCAUUUAAAAGAAAGUGACCCUGACACGCUCCAUUACAAAGCCCUGACCUCCAGAGAGUCUUCAGAGAGCUGCCCCCUCAGACACCUGGUUCUGGGACUGUACUCCCAAGCAGAGCCCUCAGACAGAAACCCAAUCAGAAUAAACCAAAUUAUUAAAAAACAAAAAGAAAACUAUUUAACACAUUGGACCGAAUCAACCAAAAAACAAAGCAAAUUAGAAUGUUAUCUGACCCUAAAUAGAGAUUACACGGUGGCAGAAUAUCUGAGCACUGUGACUGAUCCAAAGCUGAGGAAAUCUUUGACCACGUACAGACUCAGUGAACACGGCCUCGCCAUCAAGAGAGGACGCCAACGACAGACCUGGCUCCCCAAAGAGGACAGAGUCUGCACCAUGCUAAUAAAGCCCUUUGAAUUGAAGUGAAUUGAGAGAGGGAGCGAGGAGAGAGAAAAAACAGUGCUCUGAUGAUCCACCAGGGGGCAGUAGGAACCUGCUCCAUCAGUGUGUUUUUUAAUAAUAAAUUAAAAGAUUAGAGAUGAAUAAAUGCUGAAGCUUCAAAAAUGAUAUUUACA